AUGCCACACGGGAACUGGCCUCUUAAUGGGUCACUCUGUAGCGAGUCACUCACUGCGAUUCUGCUUAUCGGCACGAAUCUUAAUCAUGCCUCCAACUGGCUGGCUCCACGUGGCAUCACGAGUCCAUGUCGCCUCUUCGGCGUUCUUCCCCUUCUAGUGGUAACCGCGCAGUUCCUCUCGCUCAUCGCCGUCGCCAACGCUACCGUGCCGACAUGCGCCAGCCUCGCCGCUCAAGCUCCCUCCUUGAACCUCCUGCGCAAUGCGGGCUUCGAGGAAGCUUCCAUUGCAGCGGACUGGCCAUCGCCCCUGUCGGCCUGGGUGCCGCUCGUCCCCGGCGCAGCAGCGCAGCAGGGGCAGGUGGCGGGGGUGGUACAGGGGGAGGGGGGAGGGGGCGGGGAGCUUCCGCCCGGGGACCUGUCCGUGGCUGCUGAGGGCGGUCGGUUCGUGCGCCUGCAGCCCAGCGACGGCUGUGGCGGCACCGGUGGCGAGCUUUGGGGCAGCGGGGCGAGCGAGAGGGAAGGGGCCGUGUGGCCCGUGCAGGGACUGGGGCAGCUGCUGUGUAUAGCGGAAGGCGGAGAGCAGCAGCAGCAGCAGCAGGGGGAGUUUUCGCUGUAUUUCUAUGCAAGGGCACGCGAGUGCGUGAUGGACAUGUUGCCUGUCUCUGGAUUGCGGCCCAUGCGAGCCAUGAUCGUCGCCGUGCCCCUGUCAACCACGGCCGGCAGCACUGGCAGCAGCGUGGACGAAGCCGAGCUGGCGAGGGCGUUAGCAGGCGCUAUGAGCAGCGGAGCAGCAGACAUGAUGGUGCUGCAUGAGUGGACCGUGGGCGUUCCCUGCCGUAACAACUCCUACUCGCUCUCGGGCCUCAUGCCCUGGCGCCAGCACGGACCCUACUCCUUCCACCUCCCUCCCUCCCCCGCCUCCGCCGCUGCUCUAUCCUUCCCGGCGCAAGGCGUGGCGCUGCACCUGGUGCUGCUGGAGGGCAGUGCGGCGGACAGCAGCUCCACGCCCUCUGCUGCCACUGUGGAACUGCCUGUUCUCGCUCCCUUACCUCCGAUCGUGCCUGGGGGUGCGUCUGUAGCAUCAGCAGCAGCGGUGGAAGGCGGGGAGCUCACGUCAGCGGCAGCGGCAGCGGGGAACAUCGAUGUGGAUCUGAUCACGGUCGCUCCCAGAGGCACAGGCCAUGCGUCCGUGCACCCCGCGGGUAUUCCCUCGCUGGCUGCGAACCAGACGCUGCAUGCGUGGGUGGCCUACAACGCCACCGCCUCGCUGCUCUCCGUGCUCCUCUCCUCCUCGCCCGCCAUGCCCCCCUCCGCCCUCCUCUCCCUCCCCUUCAACGCCUGUGAUCUCUUUCACUCUGCUUCGGAGAACGGCGGGGAGGGGGAGGCGGUGUUGGUGCAAGUGGGGUUUGCAGCGGGCACGGGGCUGCUGCCGCUGCACACUCAGACGCACGACAUCCUCUCCUGGUCCUUCCAGGUGGAUACCCAAGGUGAGCGGGGGAGUGGCAGGCAGGCGGAAGGGCAGUUGCGCGGGGAGGUUUGCAGCUGCACACUCUCCUGGGCCUUCCACGUCGACAACCACAGUGAGUGGAAGGAGGCGGAGGUGGGGUGGGGCAAGUGGGGGAAGGGUUGGUGUGGUGUGUCACGUGUCAUAUGUUCUCCUACCCAUUCUCUAGGCGUCUCAGAAGUAGUGUGUGGUUCUCCUCUCCUACUACCAGAUCCCUCUGCUCAUCUGCCCCCUCCCCCUUCGCUUCAACCUUACUCACUCCACUAUUUCUUUCCUUCCUCACUUUCUUUCCCCUUGUGCUCCCUGCGCCCCUCCUUCUUCCCCCCCAAUUCAUCCACUCCGCUUCCCCCUCUCCCAGCGCCGGCUCCUCUACCCCUGUGGCAGCAGCCGUCACUCUCCUUCCCCUUCCUCACGCAAGGCGCGCGCUUCACUGCCUGGGGAUCAACUCGCCACACCUUCUCCUCGCUGCAACUCACCCCAGGCAACGACGAGGAGGAGACAGGCGCCGCCUUCUUCCCCCUCCCCCUGCCCCUGCUCUCGCUCCUCCCCCCUCCUCCCCCCCGCAAGGGGAAGAAUGGCGGAAAAUCUGAUGCUUUGGUGUGCAAGGCUCGAUCCUUCACCUCGUGGUUUGCGUUUGAUCUCGACGGGAGAAUGACAAACGGGUUUGGGGUAGUCUUUGUGCUAAGUACUCAACCAGGGCUGGGGCAAGGAGGGACGGACAUGGGGUAUGGCCGCGACGCGCAAGGGAGGGAUGCGAAUGGGACGUGGGCAGAUGGAGGGAGGAGUGUGGCUGUGAUGUUUGAUGCCUUUAGCGGCCUUGACCCUAACCAUGACGUUAACAAGGAUGUGGCGAUUCUCUCCGUUCUCACUGACUUUAACGUGACUCAGCGCCUGAAUUCUUCGUCUCAGAAGAGAUACUCUUCAUCCUCGUUAUUGUACAGCAUGAGGGUGGACUAUACGGCUGCCACUAAGACUCUGGAGGCAGUGACUUAUAACGGGGCACAGAGGAGGGGGGGUGUGAAGCUGACUCUUGACCUGUGCUCUGUGUUCUAUGAUGGCAAUAGCAGCAUUGCAGGAGUGAUUCCGGUGUUCGCGGGUUUUAGCAGUGCCAGCACGCUUGCGUCUGUUCAGGCGAUCAAAGCUUGGACCUUCCGAUUCACAGACGUCAACCCAUGCACCGCAUGGGACGUGAAUCCAUGCGGUGCUGGCAGGUGCACUGCGGUGCGGUCAGCAGCCACCGGCACAUACAGCAGCACGUGCUCGUGCCCUCUCAGCCAGCCCAGCUACAAGCUCCCCCAAAUGCCCGCCUUCCAAACGUGCCACAAUGUGAGCAAUUCCGCUGCUCGAGUGCCAUUCUUCCCAGCACCCCCCGGCCUCACGUGCCCUCUGCUCCUAGACAUCUUUGACCUCUCGCCUCAAGAGCUGCUGGAGAGUAACAAGGGCAUGGCAUGUGAAAAACCCAUAUCGCGUGGGUUGAUAGUCAACGUGUCGGCUUCUGCCAACAAGAGCUGCAGCAGCAUGUACAGCACCAACCAGGGGGACACGUGCAUGUCAAUAGACAGCCUCCUUGCCACCAACAUAACACACCUAAACCCGCAUGUGUGUGGAGAACAGCACCAAGUUGCGCACCUACCCCGUGGCGGCGUGCAUGGCGCACAAGGCUCUCGAGUCGGACCUGCACACGUGCCAGCAGGCCGCCACGUUCGGCAACGGGCGGGGGCGCAUGGGCUACUCCAAGAUCUUCCGCAUCAACGCCGCUCUCUACUGCGACCACCUGCUGCCCGGUGCUGCUGGCUGGGACGACUCUGUUCUCAGCACG